GGCCAUGGCCGCUGUGGUAUCGGCGUUUCGGGGUCGGGGCCCGGAGGAGGGGAGUACCGUGGGCAACGUCGGGUCUAGGGCAGGGACAGCCAGGUGUCUGCUUUGCUGCUGAACCCCUAGGACUUGUCGUUAGGGAGCUGCAGGACGGCUUUGCCCAUUCUAGACGCGGUGGGGACUUUGCUGGGGCCGGUGGGCUGGUCCCGACCCGAGGGGGGCGGAUCACCGGCGUGGCCGCCGUCGGCGAGCCCGGGGUGAGCGGACGACGGCUUCGGCGGGCUUGUCCUCCUCCCCGCUGCCACCGGCGCGUUGGCUGUGUGUGGGAGGGGCGGCGGGGAGCGGGCCGUGGUACCGUCGUCCCCACGAUCCGUGCACCAUUGCCCCGUCUCCACCCACGAGGAGCUAGUGACUGUCAUCCAAGAACCCACAGAACCCACGGACUGGCACUUAAGACUGGCUCAAAGUUUUCUCUGCUGCCAGUGUCGGGGGGGGGGAAACAAGGUGUGUGUGGGGGGGGGCGGGGAGGCAGCUGUUUCCUGGUGCGUUCAAGAGCAACGGGCUCCGUGAACACAUCCGCGGUGGGGAGGCAGAAGCCACCGGAGAAGCCCACUUGUUCGCGGAACCCGCACACCUUUGGAAGUCACUGGAAUUUUGAAGUCUGGCGGCGGUGGGUUGACUACAGGAGGGCAGAAUGGAUGAUUUCAUCUCCAUUAGUCUGCUGUCUCUGUCUAUGUUGGUGGGAUGUUACGUGGCUGGGAUCAUUCCUUUGGCUGUGAAUUUCUCAGAGGAGCGACUGAAGCUGGUGACCGUUUUGGGUGCUGGCCUUCUCUGUGGCACUGCGCUGGCAGUCAUUGUGCCUGAAGGAGUGCAUGCACUUUAUGAAGAUAUCCUGGAAGGGAAACACCACCAAGCCAGUGGAUCGCAGAAUGUGUUUGCAUCAGACAAAGCAGUGGUCCAUGAACAUGAGCAUAGCCACGACCACACGAAGCUACAUGCCUACAUCGGUGUGUCUCUUGUCCUGGGCUUUGUUUUCAUGUUGCUGGUGGAUCAGAUUGGCAGCUCCCAUGUGCAUUCCACUGAUGAUCCAGAAACAGCAAGACCGAUCAGUUCCAAAAUCACUACCACACUGGGUCUAGUUGUCCAUGCUGCAGCGGAUGGUGUAGCUUUGGGAGCAGCAGCUUCUACUUCACAGACUAGUGUGCAGUUAAUUGUGUUUGUGGCAAUAAUGCUACAUAAGGCACCAGCAGCAUUUGGGCUGGUUUCUUUCCUAAUGCAUGCUGGCCUGGAGCGGAAUCGAAUUAGAAAGCACUUGCUGGUCUUUGCACUGGCAGCACCAGUUAUGUCCAUGGUGACAUUCUUAGGACUAAGUAAGAGCAGUAAAGAAGCUCUUUCAGAGGUCAACGCUACUGGAGUAGCCAUGCUUUUCUCUGCUGGGACAUUUCUUUACGUUGCCACAGUACAUGUCCUCCCUGAGGUGGGCGGAAUGGGGCACAGCCACAAAGCUGACAGCACUGGAGGGAGAGGCCUCAGCCGCCUGGAGGUGGCAGCCCUGGUUCUGGGUUGUCUCAUCCCACUCAUCCUGUCAGUAGGACACCAGCAUUAAAUGUUCAGGUUCCAGCGUCAGUCCAUGGUCGCUUGCCAUCCAGUGAGAACAGCCAACCUGUGACAGCUGCUCACUUCCUCAGUGUCUUGUCUCACCUUGCCCAUCUCCACCCGUGUUCCCAGAGUCCGGAGGGAGGUGAGAGUCAACCCCGGAGUAAUGGAAAAGCUUGUAGAGUAGGAACAACACAUUGUGAUUAGGUAGAGACUUGUGUUGUCUUUUAAAGGGUCUUUGGCAUAUUGAGUACUGAUGUUUCUCUUAACCCUAUUCUCAGGGAAGAUGGAAUUUAAUUUUAAAGAAAAGUGGAGAACUUCAUACUCAAAAGGAAAUAGUAAUUAUGAAAAUACAGUGUUCUGUAAUUAAGCUAAAUGUCUUUCUCCUUAGAGGCUCUGCCAUUUUACCCAUUGAUUUUUAACAUGGUCCUCACCCUGGAAGACUGGUGCUUUAGCAUGUAUGCCACAUGCCUUGAUAGAAGGCCACAGCACCAUUCUCUUACAUGCGGAAUGUGAUUGCAGUUAAUUUGAAAUUAGAGAAGGAAAAUCAGAGCAAGACACAUUGAAAGUUGCACUCAUUCUCUAAAAGGAGAUAGCCAGUGAAAGGGGAUGUCUAAAGAAUCUUAACCACCUCCUUUGCAUAUGCCUCUCUGAAUGUAGCCUGCUAUUCUUUCCACCGGUGCAGCAGAUAUGACUAGUGUUUAAUAGCAUCUCUUUCAAGUUUCCUUGGCAGAAUACCUGCCUCCAGUUCAUUUCUAAAGGACCCAAGUUCUCAUAGGUUCAGGCUAGGCUUUAAUUUUACUCCCAUCACAAAGUAUCUUUGGAAAUUAAGGGAUACUAAAUUUUAAGUGAAUUUGGAUAGUUAUUGACAAUGUUUUAAUGAUCUUGCUAAAAGUAAGACUAUCAAAAUCUGUGUUGUUCUUUUUUCUUCUUUUAAGUAUUUCUUUUAGCAGGUCGACAGUCCCUCUGGCAAGGCACUUGUCCAGCGUGGGAAGCAUUGUGUCUGCUCACAUAAGCAAGCACCUGUAGCAUGAAGAAAGUCUAGCUGUAUCAUAAGUGAGAAGUGUCUGCCCGUUGGCUUAAAGCUUACUGAAAUCAUGUGUCUUGUGUCUUCAUAUUUCCCAUACUUUUCUCCUAACUUUCUCCUCUAGCUCCUCCUCCCUAUAAUUUGCUGCUUACUGCUGGUGGUGAUGUCAGUACUGUGUGAGACGAAUUCUCAUCAGGACACCCACUCCUUGAACUGUGGUGAUGAAGAUAAAAGUGUCUCUGUCCUUUAGUCCCUUCAAAUAAGUUAUUUUUUGUGUCCAGCACAGCUGUGUUCAGCUGUGGAAAUAUCACUUCCUCAUGUGUGAGUUGACACAGUCACUAAUACUCUGGUAAUUUAAACAAUUGAGACAGCAGAAGUGUUUAACAAACUAAGGUAAUUUUCCAUGUUUGCCAAAAUCUGUAUAAAUCCUGUUUUGUCAAUUAAGUGUGUAAUACUGUAUUAAUAAUUUAUUUUUAUUUUUUGUACCACUUGAAAUCACAUUACAUUAAGAGGGAACCAAGAAUAGUUUCUUGAGGACAGUGGAUUUAGUCAUUUGUACAAACAUUUCGUGUGACACAUAAGCCAGCAUGCCCGUUUUCUUCUUUCCCAUUUCAUCACUGGGUCCGCAGCUGUGGAGUUACACUUGUGCGCCCUCUGCUGGCUCCAGGGAAAGAAGUAGCAUAAAUAGAAAACGGUUUUUAUAUAGUGGUGGGCGACCAUGGCAUCUAAUGUUCAAGCCAAGAGAGAGUCUGAAUGACUCUCCAGAUUCAUAGUAACAGUGGUCCUUCUAAAGUAUGGUUGCCUUGAUUCUUUCUAGAAACAUACUUGUCAAGUAAAUAGCAGGUCUUUCUGUCUGGUUUGGUUUGGAUAGAAGUAAUUUCUAUUACAUAGUGUGUGUGAUGAUCAGAAAUUUGUUCUGCUGGCCAAAGCCUCUUUCAGCAGUGCCUUGCCAUCACGCUUAAAAAGUUUGGCCAGAAUAUCUUGCUGGACAGGGCCUUGAGCUCUGGUAAGGAUUGAACAUCAUACUUCCAAAUUUGCCUUCCCCUCUGGACCUCAAUACUAACAGGCUCUCAGAAGUUGUGGGCUUUCCCAGAUCCUAAAGCUGCUGCCUUGGGAGCUACUCAUAUUUCCCCUGGCCAGCAGGCAGAAAUAGCCAUACAAAUCUUACAGGGCUCAAUGCAUCUUCAGGCAGUAGGGAACCACACCGUGUGGCAGAGGCCCCCUUCACUGGAAGAAGAGCUUGUUCAAGUGGCGGGCUGUGUCUCCCAGAAAGGCCAUCUCAACGUUCGCUUCUUAGCAUAUUUUAGUACUGUUUCUUUUCCUGUUUAAAACUGCCUCCUUAGAUGUGGAUGCCUUAAUGCUCAAACGCAUUUGAAAACACUAGCAAAUUUAGUUGCUGCCAUGAUUACAAAUGAAAUCAUAGGCACAAAGAGAUGCAGUAAAUUAUGAAAAACAUGGUCCAUCCUUCCUCAUAACCAAAGUCAAUCUGAAUUUUGAGUCUUUUUUCUUGGUUAGGGCUAGACUUUCUUCAGGUUCCAGGUAUUCUUUUAAGUGGCAAAUUAAGUUGAAAUCACUUCUACUACUCCCCUCAUUUGUUCUCCAAGUAGUUGCUCAUCAGUUCCCACAUCACCAUAGUGAGGUUGUGGGUUUGAUUCUGGGGGUUUUUGGUCCGUGGUUUUGCACUGCAAUAUGAAGAGUUUGGAAACACUCCUACCUACAGAGGCUGUGUGUUCUUAUCAGCCUUCUUCUUCUUCUUAGUUUCUAGUUCAAAACAGCCUGUUCUGGUAGUUUGAACCACUAAAGAAAAGGAAGAGUAUGGCUUUUUUGAGGCGUCACUUCUUACAGAAAGGAGACAAUGUAAUAGUGGCUUUUACUACUUCUAAAUGUCACUGUCUAGUUUGUUGUUUUUCCCUUGAAGAUUCGAACUAGGGGGACACACAGGUAUCUGAGUGUGUGAAGCCCCUGACACAUGUUCCAUAGGUAUUGACCCUGGGAACUAUAGAAUGUCAAUAGUAGAAGCCCCUAAGGGAUUCUUCUGUCUCUUGGGCUCUGAGCCCAAAAGAUUAAGAAUCACGACCACAAUUGUCCCCAACUGCUGCAGUGUAGAGAACUACCCUUGGUAGUUGUAUAGAGGACCCUUCUUUGCAAACAGAAAUUUCUACUCAGUAGAGAAGGGUCCAUGUUGCCCAAAGAGUGACAUUAAAGAUGCUAUGAAAUUAAAACCAAUGAUGUAACCUUUUUGUACCUGAGACAUCUCAUUUCACCUCAGGACACCUGAAGGAGGUGUGUGGCUUACAGAAAAGGACUAGUUAGCUGUUCAGGAGUCCUAGAUAUGUUCCAUCAAACACAGUUGCUUAACACAAAGAGACUAGCUUUGCUCUUUGCCUGGUAGUGUUUUCUGGCAAGCUGAGAGUCUCCUGGGAUUACACUGCAUUUUCCCUGGUUCUGUGGCCUAGACAGUGAUCUUAAGUGUCUCUUUUUCUGGAUACUUUGUACACAUGAAAUCAUUCCAUGGAUGGCUGCCUUAUAAUUUUGUCUCUUUCCACUUUAAUUGUGAAUUGUUUAAAAAUUUCUGAUUUGUUUUCUGAUAAUAAAUUUUUAUUAGUGCAUACCUUA